CGUCUGCUUAACGAACCCGCCUCCUGGAAAGAGAAACUGCCCAGAUCAAGAACCAUCAUUGGUCACUGUGUCAUGUUCUUUUGAAUUUGGCGACAGAGACUUCCGAUGGACCAAUACCUCAUCUUGGAAGUAUCCCAUUCCCAAGACGUACAACCUCUCACGCAAGCAGACACAAGCCCUUAGCUGCACGCUUAGUAUUUACAACAAUGACAGGGACGCUGUCUUUAACGACAGAGAGAAAUGUGAGAUCCUCUGAACCCUGCUGAUGAAACGGACGGCGUCUCAGCUAGGCAAUGAUCUCUCGUCUUACUCGGCUUGUCGCGCCUUUCGCAAGGUAGUUGAGGGAAACCCGCCGAUGACGCCCGACUUCAUCCAGGCGUGCACUGCAAUGCUUAUCUACGAUAUAAAACCACCCACAAGCUGGCCAAGCAGUGCUACCGCACCAUACGUCAAGCUGCUUACCACACUGAGGGACACCGGAUACAUCGGUCAACCUAAAGUCGACAAACUACUAGUUGGAUUUGGCCGACUCGAGAAGCCAGUAGAACUAGAGAAGCCGGAGAAGAACAAGAAGACAGUCCAAAUGUGUAACGCCAGCACCCAAUGCAACCUCCUCACGCCGACCACAAUCAAGAGACAGCCCACGACUGUCGACGACGAGCCCAAGCUCUCAGACGAGCAGCAAAAGCUCAUUGAUUGGGUCUCGCAAUACACCGACACAAAAUCUUUCGACAGCAAAAUGAGAUACAACCUGCUGCUCCAGCGACUCGCUGACGAGAAAUGGGUAGACCUGUAUAGCUACGCCAAACAUCUUACGGCUUCAGACGCAUCUCACGACGAACGACAGACUAUCUUCACCAACAUCAUCCGAGAGAUGAAAGCUAGAUGGUCUAACCGACGAACCACUCUAGUGCCAAAAUUUUAUGACCCUAGGGGAUACGACGUCCGCCUUCACGGCAAAACGACCGCAGACGACAACUGCACACAGCCGACCACGGUUGACACUGGCAUUUAGAUGACAGUUCAUUGCAAUGGUUCGAUUUCCCAUAUCGCUUUCGCACAUUUCUUCUACACAUUUCAUUUACGUAUUGCUAUUUCAUUAACUACACUACUCCAAGCGACACCAAGCGGCUGAUGGGGAUAUUGAUCUUAGACCACAGGGCACGACAAUGAUUGGGAUCGCUACAUUUGACGCCGGGGCACGGUGAUGGAAAGGGCGAUGACGGGAGAGAAUAUACAUGAGAUACGGGCGAAAAAUGAGUCACUACACAUGCCAACAAGGACAUGAUGGUGAUAGCACUAUUUUUUCAGGAGGCUACUACUUGAGACCGCGCCUCACACACACACACACACACACAUACUUACAUAGAUCAAUUAAGAU